GACGUAUCAAUCAAAAUGCGUAAUGGCGCACCUCGCCCGCGUCUCGCUCCAGCUGUAUACCGCGUAGCGACCCCGCCGUCUCCCAGCUCGCUGAGUCGACUCGCCCCCUCCAACUCGCUCCCCUUCCUGAAAUCGGCCUCUCCUCUUCCUCCUCCUCCUCCUCCUCCUCCGCCGCUCGCGCACCGCCCCGCGAAGAUGGAGGCGCCCCUGAAGCUCAAGCCGUGCGCUUUCCUGCUGCUCUGCGCGUGCGCCGCCGCCCUCCUCCGCGCGCUCCCUGCCUCCGCCUCCUUCUCUCCGGUCGACAACUACCUCGUCAACUGCGGCUCCGCCGCGGACGCCGCCGUCUACAACCGCGCGUUCCUCGGCGACUCGUCCGGCUCCGGCUCGCCGAGGGUCCUGGCCUCGUCCCGGACCAUCUCGCUGCACGACGGCAGCCCGGCCCUGGGCACGCCCCAGAUCUACCGCACGGCGAGGGCCUUCGCCAGACCUUCCAAGUACGUGUUCGAGGUCCGGGAGAGGGGGACGCACAUGGUGCGCCUUCAUUUCCAUAGGUUCAAUUCCUCGAGGAUGGAGAUGUGUGACGCGCGAUUUCAUGUUUUGGUGGAUGGGUAUGUGGUGCUGAGUAACUUUAGCGGCGAGAGCGAGUCUAGGCCCGUAAUUAAGGAGUAUCUGAUCUGGGUCGAUGCAGAAAAGCUUGUUCUUACGUUUGUCCCUGCUGAGAGGUCGAAAUUUGGAUUUGUCAAUGCGAUUGAGGUGAUAUCUGCGCCCAAAGAUUUGAUUUUGGAGACUGCCCAGCUUAUUGACGGUGGCAAAAUAGUGAACUUCGAUGGACUGAACCGGCAAGCGCUCGAAGUGUUAUAUAGGGUUACUGUCGGUGGUCCGAAGGUUACUCCCUUUAAUGAUUCUCUGUGGAGGACUUGGGUUCCUGAUGAUGCUUUUCUGAAGUCGACUUAUGGAUCGGAAAGGAUAUCCUUUGGUGGUAGGAUUAAGUACCAAACGGGAGGUGCAAGCCGUGAAGUAGGCCCUGACAAUAUGUACAAUUCUGCCAGAGUGAUUAAAAGCACAAAUGCAACAGUACCUAAUGUUAACAUGACAUGGGUUUUUCCAGUGACCGGAGAUUAUAAGUAUCUUGUUCGGUUGCAUUUCUGCGACAUUGCUAGUAUUUCUCUUGAGUUGUUAUACUUCAACGUGUAUGUCGAUGGGUUCUUGGUGUUUGAAAAUUUCGAUCUCUCGUAUGUGGUAAAUGAGGUUCUGGCAGCACCAUUUUAUGCAGAUUUUGUAGUUGAAAGAGAUGAUUCGGGGAUUCUGAGUGUGAGCAUUGGACCUUCAAAUUAUAGCAUGGCGCAUGCAAUUGAUGGCAUUCUUAAUGGUGUGGAGGUCAUGAAGUUGAAUAACUCAAUGGGUAGCCUUGAUGGUGAGGUGUGUGGUGGAUUUAUUUUGAAAAGCUGGCCAAGAGGAAACAUGGGCGUUUUGGUUCCUUUGGUUGCUGUAAUUUGUUUGCUGCUGAGUAUGUCUGUGGUCAUGCAUAGGAGGACAACUGGGGUAAGCCACACUGUGGCAUGGACCAGAUUGCCGACAGACAUGACAGAAUUAAGCCUGAAACAAGCCAAGCAACAGUUCGGAUAAAUCAUGACUUGUAACAUGUACUUGGAAUUGGUCAUGGAGGAUCAAAAUGUUGUUGCCUGUUAGUGAAAGUAUACUGUCGAUGUGUGCGACAGCUUCUGUGGCUUCUGUUAUUUCGAGUUGUAGUUUGGGGCCUGUAAGAGGGUUUAUAAGCUUGGAGUGUAUGUGUUGUAAUUAUCCUGUAAGUUUUGUUGGUAGUAUUCCUUACAAUGUGAAAAAAGAUGUCCGUGCCUUUCUUGUUGGUAUUACAAUAUCCUCAUUAUUUUACCUGAUGUCAAAGCACUAUGAAGCAAUACGAAUCAUAUCGAAGUUUGUCGAGUUUAUGAGUGGGAAGGAGCUUGUAUGUUGUAGAUAUUAGCUUCUGUUUGCUAAAACCUUGCUUAUCCAGUGAGUUUUCUCUAA